CGGCCUUCACUUGUUUUUUCCUUUCUUUUUUUUGGAUCUGGCUCAUAUAAAGUAAUGGUACUGACGCUAUGGCUCCUACAUCUCACGGACGAGCUGGCCCGAACGGCCGUGAGAGCCUUGUGAAUGGCUCUAUGAAUAAUAAUGGCCCGCCGCCUUCAACUCUGGCAGCGCAAUUGGUGGAAAAUAUCUCCGCUUCGACGCGGUCUUCUCGACCAGAUGAGACGGCAGAACUUAAGAAGUUCUUCGGUAUCAUAGAAGAUGUCAAGAAUCAGCCCGAAUUAUUGAGGACUGCGAAAGAGCGUAUGGAGCAUAAUCACAUGCUGAUCUAUGUCUAUACUAGGGUUGUUCUAGAAGGCCUUAGAUGGGAUGAUCCCUUUGCCGAUAGAGCCCGGCUACGCGCAAAUGCAUUGGAAGCGUUGAACUUCUUGAAGAUUACAAUCAGAGAAACUCCGGAAGUUCUGAACGCCAAAUCCGAUUCGGAUUCGUUCCUCUUCAGAGGAAGCGAGCCCCUGUGGUUAUGGAUCUUUCCGAAGGUACUGAAAAUGCUUGGGAACGACCAUUGCACUGAUCUAAAAGGAGAGAUCGAGUUGUUUUUUCGCGAAGUUCUCUUCAUCAGCUCUCAUACCGGGGUUUUGUGGCCUGUCCUUCCACAGCUCCUUGCCUAUAUUAAACUCUGCUUCAACGCUAUAAUCGAGUAUUUUAAAGCACUCACAUCUCACUCAAUGAACAGGGAUAUUCCUGUUCACUUACACUUACCACCGGAACCGUUUCUUAUCUCCACUGCCCCUGGAGACUUGAGGCUACUUCAACAGCAAUGUACAUACGCUAUACCACUGGCAUCGCAGGCUCUACAACACGCUUCUUGCCUUUUGUCCAUCAUGUCUAUGCCACUGACAUCACGCUAUGCUGAAUUCGACAUCAUCUCCAAUUUUCAAGAGUAUAUUCCUUGGCUGUUCGAUGCUUAUCUUCAUCUCCACGGCAUCCAAGUUCAAUGGCAUCAUAUAUUUCCUCCCGUCAUCCCCACGCUCUUAAGAAAUACCUUGCAGUUCUAUCAGACCGCCGAGACCACCAACAACUUCGAUGCCUGUGUUCGGGAGAAAGCUUCUACCUUGCUGGUUCUCCUCUGCAUGGAAAUGUCAAGUUAUUCUUUGGACAAGCUUGUAAUUAACGGGCAAGGAAGUUCGGAGUUCCAAUUGCUAUGCAGAUCACUUGGCAAGGUGGCUAAAGCUUGCCUACACUCCGAACCAACAUCGCGACUCGCCACUUCGCAGCUAAUACCAGUGCUUGAGAAACUGAUAUUAGGGAACGAAGUCAUUGUCUCUGGUACUGAUUUAUGGAAGUGUCUAGAGCUGCUUCGAAAGGUAACUACUGCGCUCGUGCCGACUUCUUUAGGUGUCGUGGCGCAGAUUGACCAAUUUUCCGACGAACAACUCCGCCAGGAGGUCAAUGAAUUGAACAUAGAAGUUACAGAUGCCACUGAUUUAGAGCGUCAGUCAAAACGCAGAAAAGUCUCGGCCGAUUCGCUGUCGUUAUCUAAAUUAACUACUCAGCUAUGGCAUUUACUUGGAGCAGAGCCUAUGCCGACUCUUGUGGACUUGGGUCCGAUCUUAGAGUCUCGAUUCAAAGAGCUAUCUGAACCUGAGCUGUGCCGGAUUAUCGACUUACUCGGCUACAUCUGCUGCGCGGCCGAUGACACACUUUCAAUACAUGAUAAAGGGGGUGAUAGGUUCUUGCGACUUGACUGUCACCAUUGCCAAGUCUCUCAACCAUCACACGAGGAAUUAUUAUAUUCAGGCCUUGCCACGAAGCAAGUAGUUCAAGCCAUAUUUGCUUCAUUAGUUGAGCUUCCAAGUUUCCUUGAAUCUAGAAAACCGCGUGUUACUGCGAUGACUGCAGUGAGACGUAUUGCAAAGCACUGUACAGAUUCGGAUUUCCUAGACAUAGAGGUUUCUACGACUGCGCUGUGGUGUUUGAAAUCGCUCCAGAGCUCGAUCAGAGAACUUCGUAUUGCAGCUGGGCGAACCAUUACCAUGUUCCUUUCCGUAUCAAAGCAUCUAAAUAUCACAUCAAACCUCGUACAAAAGAACUGCGCGAAUAUUCUUAAUAUACUUCGGUCUCUCUCGGACCAAGAUAAACCCCAGCUUACGGAGACCUGCAUUUUAGCUUGGUCUCAAGUCGGAAGUGUUAUAUACGAGGAUCAGCUGAACCUUGUACUGGUAAAGCUUGUUGAUUAUUUGGGGCAUGAGAGCAUGAUCGUAUCUGCUGCCGCAUUUGCUGAGAUAAUAAAGCUUGCUCGCGCCCGAGGCAUGGCCAUUCGACAAUUCUUUGAGCCAUUCUGGAGAUAUCUUGCCUUCUCCGCAAUCAAAGAUCUCACAACCCGCCCAAAACUAACAAAGUUACUAGCAGAGCUCCUAGAUAUGAGCAUAGCGGAACUUUUAUUGUACAUACAAAAGCACGCUUUGCCCUGGUUGGUGCUUACCAAGAGGCGGGAUGUCAUUCAAAAGAUUGCUGAAGCUCGAAACGAACAAGAAGCUUGGCAGCCGUGUCUGGACGAGGCUAACCUAGGCCCAAUACUUGCUCUGUUACUAACACAAGAAGCCUCCGACAUCCAGCAAUUUUGUAUGGAGCUACUGGGACAUAUAUCCCCGCAUCUUAAUAAAUCUGGUGGUCUUUUGGAGUUACUUCGAAUAGAACCUAUCGGGACUACCUUGGAACUGCUAAAGGCGGCAGGUGAUUCUGAUGAAGAUCGCAAACCUCACAUCCGCAAUGUCUUAAACAAAGUGGCAAGUAUGAUGCUAGCUGGAACUGGAGAGUUAAAACAGAAGAAAGUACAUGCAUCAGGCCCCUUUUUGCAAAGGUAUGCGCUAGCUCUUAUGGCUGGGUUGACCCAAGUCAUCAAUGAUACGCCCAUCCGAACACCUACGCAGGAGCGGAAACGGUACAUAAGGGCGAUGGAAGAGAUGAUUCGAACCGGUAAACAGUAUAUUCGUAUUGCUCGUCCUCAGAUAUCUGCCUGUCUUCAAGCUGUUAUGCUGGAUGACGAACUUCGCUCUGCUGCAUUUUCCUGCUGGGCUACGAUGCUUAUUCACUUAGAAGAAGAGGAUGUUGAAGCUCUUCUUGAGACAACGUUUUUCCUUAUCAGCCAUUACUGGUCCUCGCUCAAUGAAGCAACCCAGAAGCAAACUCGGAAUUUGAUCGAGUAUUUAUUGGAGAAAGAAACUACAGUACUAGAAGCGAUGAUUAGUAAACUUCCAUCAUUUAGUCACAUCAACAAUCUGUCGGAUAUUGAAGCUCAACUUAGCAAACUUCGUCAGCCGGUUGAUAGCAGGACAGCCUUCUCAUUACUUGCUGAGAGAAUCCGCCAUGAAAAUGAUGGGGUCGUAUUGCUAGCACUGAGGGAGCUCGUAUCCUACCUGCAGAGACAGCAGGACUAUUUACAGGCAUCCGCCGUUAGUGAGCAGCCUGAUUCCGUUGUGCCUAUUCUCAUUCGGUCGCUUCUCGAUUGCUCAUCGCGGUAUAAUGGUGUCCAUAGUGAAAUUAGCGAUCUCUGCACUCAGUGCAUAGGGUUAAUAGGUUGUUUAGACCCAAAUCGCGUGGAGACAGUUCGUGCCGAGAGGCAGAUUGUCGUUAAAAGCAAUUUUGAGCAUGCUGGAGAGACAACAGAUUUCGUUAUAUAUAUACUAGAGGAGGUUCUCGUAAAGUCAUUCCUCUCAGCAACCGAUACCAACCUUCAGGGAUUCCUCUCCUAUGCCAUGCAAGAGCUUCUGGACAGGUCCGACAUCAGGGCUGCUGUGGAGAUGCAAGGUUCUCGAGAAGCAGCGCCUAUUUACCGCAAAUGGCUAUCCAUGUCUGAAAACGCACGGGAAGUUUUGAUCCCUUUCAUGACUUCAAGAUAUGUUGUCCAGCCAAUGGCACCGCAGAAGACAGAAUACCCAAUCUUUCGUCCCGGUAAGACAAGGUAUGCCAACUGGAUGCGGAGCUUCACUCUUGAUCUCAUGCGCAAGCCGCAAGCUCCGUUUGCUCAACUAAUAUUCGAGCCUCUGUGUCGAGUGAUCCGGAUCAAGGAUUUAUCGACAGCAGAAUUCCUUUUCCCCUACGUAGUUCUUCACAACAUCAUUGGCGAAGAUACCACCGACGAAGAGCGCUUGAACCUGCUUAAUGAACUUCUUAACGUGCUUCAGCACGAAGUUCCGAAUAAUGCCACUUACGAGGAGAGGGAAAACCAAAAGUUGUAUUGCGAGGCCGUGUUCCGCUUCAUUGACUAUGGCAUGCGCUGGUUACAAAUGAAGAGGGUUCAAACAAAUCUCGGUCCGCGUGAUCACGCUGCUAUGGAUAAGGUGCAGAAGAUCCUAGAUUCGAUUCCUGCCGAAUUGAUAUCGAACCGUGCCGUAGAUUGCAAAGCUUAUGCUCGAGCGUUGUUCCAUCUAGAACAACACAUCCGGCAAGUGGAUGAGGAAAAAAGGGGUACCGAGGAGAGAGAGCGGUUCCUCCAACGAUUGCAAGAUAUAUAUACGCAAAUAGACGAACCAGAUGGCUUAGAGGGAAUAUCGGCGCAUCUGCAUGUACUUGAUAUCAACCAGCAGGUCCGAAGCCAUCAGAAAGCUGGGAGAUGGGCUGCAGCACAGACUUGGUAUGAAAUCAAACUGGCUGAAGACCCUGACAAUGUGGAUGUUCAGAUUGACCUGUUAACUUGCCUCAAAGAAUCAGGACAACACGAUGUCCUCCUCAAUUAUGUUGAAGGCAUUGAAAAGCACACCGCUAUCACGACGAUUAACCGGAUAGUACCCUACGCCGUGGAAGCGUCCUGGGCAACAGGAAGAUGGCAGACGAUGGAGAAAUUUAUCAGGAAAUAUCAGGGAGAUAUCACGGAAAAUUUCAACGUAUCGAUUGCUCAAGCUCUUCUUUGCCUAAAGAGGGGAUCGACCAAGGACUUCGCCGAUCAGAUGAGAGUACUCAGAGACAGAGUUAAUGCUUCUAUGAACUACUCAGUCACGUCGUCGUUACGGGCGUGCCACGAACCCCUGCUGAAAUGUCAUGUUCUAACUGACCUGGAACUAAUUGCUGGUAUUAACAACGAUAGCAAUCAACAUCCCCAAGAGGUACUCAAAACCCUAGGCCGGCGUCUCGAGAUUCUCGGAUCUUAUGUCAAUGAUAAACAAUAUGUACUAAGCAUUCGACGGGCGGCUAUGAAGUUGAUGGGGUCGAGGUUUAGUGAUCUGGAUAUAUCAGCGCUCUGGCUAUCGAGUGCCCGGCUCGCGAGAAAGACCAACUCCAUGCACCAGUCCUUCAAUGCAGUACUCCAUGCCUCGCAGCUCGGCGACGAUUCCGCGACCAUCGAAAAUGCCCGGCUCCUGUGGAAAGAAGGCCACAAUAGAAAAGCAAUCCAGACACUUCAAGGAGCUAUCGAUAUUCAAGCAUUUACGAGUCACAGCUUUACUGAACAUGAAUCAUCUGAGAAGAAUCUUGAGUCGCAGCAGAGUAUGUUGACUGCACGGGCUCAAUUGCUUCUCGCGAAAUGGCUUGACAGCGCAGGGCAAACUCAUGCUUCUGCACUACGAGAACAUUAUCGGAACGUCCCAAAAAUAUAUGGUACAUGGGAAAAGGGCCACUACUACCUCGGCCGACAUUAUAAAAAGGUUCUCGAAUCCGAAAAAGUGCUAAAGCCAGAUGAUCAAAGCGACGAAUACCUGACCGGGGAGACGGCCAAGCUCGUAAUUGAGAACUACAUCAGAUCGUUAAACUAUGGCGUCAAGUAUCUAUACCAGACUCUCCCCCGAGUUCUGACGCUAUGGCUUGAGAUGGGUGCACAGGUUGAUAAAGCACCGGAAGGCAAGAUAUCGCUUUCUAAAGAGCUUCAUUAUCGCCGUAAAACACAGCUCGAGUCGCUUCACAAAUAUCUUUUCAAAUCAAUCCAGCGGCUGCCCGCGUACAUUUUUUAUACCACUUUACCUCAACUGGUUGCUCGUAUCGCCCAUCCCAAUACGGAGGUAUUCAUGAUACUGGAGGAGAUCAUACUAAGAGUUGUUGAGGCCCAUCCAAGGCAGGCAUUAUGGAGCUUGUUUGCAGUCAUGACAACUCGACAAGCAAAUUCUGAACGGAGGGCACGCGGCCAUCAAAUGCUACAGAAACUCAGGGGUAGGAGUAAGAAGGUAGAGAGCGGUUCCUUUGAUCUGAAAGCUCUGCUGCGUAUGGGCGAGAAGUUGGCAGAGCAGCUACUAAUGGCUUGUAAUAAUGGGGAUUUCCAAAGCAAUAGGACGACAGUGGCCAGCAUCACUCGGGAUCUGAACUUCAAUCACAAAUGCACACCAUGUCCCCUUGUCGUCCCAAUCGAGGCCUGUCUCACGGCUACGUUACCUACGCUCACGGAUAAUGUCAAAAAACAUAAAGCGUUUUCUCGAGACGUCAUAUGCAUACAGUCAUUCCUAGAUGAGGUGUUAGUGCUAGGCUCUUUGGCAAAACCCCGAAAGCUUACGGCUCGAGGAUCGAACGGAGUAAAUUAUGGGCUGCUGAUCAAACCUAAAGAUGAUCUUCGGACUGAUCAGCGAUUAAUGGAAUUCAACAGCAUGAUCAACCGAUCACUGAAGCGAGAUGCGGAGUCUAGCAGGAGGCAAUUAUACAUCAAGACGUACGCCGUAACGCCGCUCAAUGAGGAGUGCGGCAUUAUCGAGUGGGUUGACGGGCUCAAAACACUCCGGGAUAUUCUCCUCGGCAUUUACCGAUCUCGUGGUAUCAUCCCUAAUUAUCAGCACUUGGCGCAGAUGAUGAAAGACGCCGCUUCGGGGGACAAAAACACCAAGAUAUUUUCGGAGACGAUCCUAGGAAUGUUUCCGCCUGUACUCCCUAAUUGGUUCAUCGCGCAAUUCCCGAACCCUUCAGCCUGGUUUGCAGCUCGACUCAGGUACACGAGAUCGUGCGCCGUCAUGUCAAUGGUCGGCACGAUCCUAGGACUGGGUGACCGACACGGCGAGAACGUGCUGCUAGAAGAAGGCAACGGCGGUGUUUUCCACGUUGACUUCAAUUGUCUUUUCGAUAAAGGUCUUACCUUUGCGCAGCCCGAACGGGUACCGUUCCGCCUAACGCACAAUAUGGUGGCGGCAAUGGGAAUCUACGGAUACGAGGGGCCGUUCAGACAGUGCUCAGAGCUGACGCUGAGCAUCCUUCGACAGCAGGAAGAGACGCUGAUGACUAUCUUAGAAGCGUUCAUCUACGACCCGACAUUAGAUUUACAGCGGGAUAAGCGCAGAAAAAACGAGGUGGUCAAGCUCAAUCCGCAGAGCGUGGUGGAUAGCAUCAAGAGGAAAGUCAGGGGUUUGCUACCGGACGAGAGCAUACCGCUCGGGGUAGAGGGACAGGUGGAAGAGCUGAUCAAGCAGGCUGUUAACCCGAAGAACCUGUCGGCUAUGUAUAUUGGUUGGUGUCCUUUCCUAUAGGAGAAACAGUAAUGUUGUGUUUUCUCUUUUUUUUAUAAGUACGAUAGGAUUGUUAUUAGGCAUCAUGAUGAAAUUUGGACACGAAAUUCAUUUUUUCUUUCUUUUUUUUCCAUGCUUAGGUUGGU